GCUGUUUUCGCAGUUUUUCCAGCGACGCCAAUACCACCACCUGCGUAAUGAGUAAUUGGUUUACAAUUGUUACAAAAUAACGCCAACUAGCGGUAAACCCAAAGCAAAAGAAGACGCAAAACACAAGGCGAGAACAGAUGAAAAUCAGAGGCAGCCCAACAACAACAAUACGAAUUGAACUCCAACAAGGCAAGCGAGGGACAAGAAAUCUGAUCAGAAGAGGCAACAAAACGUAUUUGCAAAAAAUGUCCAAAUCGGUGAAUAACAUGAAUAUGGCAAUUGUGGAGCCAGCGGAGCGUAUGAAAUAUCUAUCGCAUUGUGGCACCGUCAUCGAGGUGGACAAAAAUAUGGCGGUGACGCGCUAUUAUCGCUCCGGCACCGAAAUGCUGCGCAUGGCGAACGUCUAUCUGAAUGAGGGGAACCAUGAGAACGCCUUCAUACUCUACAUGCGCUACAUGACGCUGUUCAUCGAGAAGAUUCGCCAGCAUCCCGACUACAACAGCGUCAAGGCCGAGGUGAAGGCCAUCAACAAGACCAUCAAGGAGGAGAUUAUGCCCACCACAGAGAAGCUGCGCAACAAGCUCCUCACGCAGUAUCAACGCGAAUACGAACAGUUCCUGGCCAGCAAGGAGGCGGAACGUGUCCGGGAGCAACGGGAACGGGAGGCGAAACAACGGGCAGCGGCAGCUGGAGUUGUGCCAUCGCUGAUUCCCGCCAAUCUACAUGUGCAGAUGGAUGCGAAUAAUCAGCCGACGGCGCCAGAGUUGGGUCUGUUGGAUCAGGUGGUGUAUCCCAAUGAUUUUCCCACUGGCACCAAUCGCAGUCACUUGCCCAGUUCGGGUUUGUUGCUGCCCGGCGUCGACACAGGCGCUGACAGAUCACCCAACACAUCAUCGAAGCCCGCCUUUGAUCGUGGACAGAAGCCGCAAUAUAAUCGCACCGACUCGCUGCUGGCGGGAUCGUUGCGCACAGUCAACGUACCUGCCGACACCAUGGAUGUGUUCCUACAGCUGGCGCAUGCCAACACCUCCAAGAACAUUGAGACUUGCGGCGUCCUCGCCGGCCAUUUGGCCCGCAACGAGCUCUCCAUCACACACAUCAUCACGCCCCAGCAGCAGGGGACACCCGACAGCUGCAACACCAUGCAUGAGGAGCAGAUCUUCGAUGUGCAGGAUCAGAUGCAGCUCAUCACGCUCGGCUGGAUUCAUACUCAUCCCACUCAGACCGCUUUCUUGUCCUCCGUUGACUUGCACACACAUUGCUCCUAUCAGAUGAUGAUGCCUGAAGCAAUUGCCAUCGUCUGUGCACCCAAGUACAAUGCCAAUGGUUUCUUCAUACUUACGCCGCACUAUGGACUAGAUUAUAUUGCACAGUGUCGGCAAACCGGGUUUCAUCCGCAUCCAAAUGAUCCGCCUCUAUUUAUGGACGCAGCGCACAUUAAAAUGGAUUCGCAUGCCAAGAUCAAGGUGAUCGAUUUGCGCAGAUAGUAUGCUGAACUCUUAGUCUGAAACCUCAGCCAAAAGAAAAAAAAAACAA